UCUUUUACACAAGUUUAGUGCCACAUUCUUCUCUUUGCAAUGGACAGACAGGUGAUAUAUGCUGAUUUAAACGUAUCCAGGAAUGCUGGCCUUGAAAGCUCAUCACCUCCAUCUCUUCCUCAGAAUGUUUGUCAGGGUCCACCUUGGCAUAAAUUUGCUCUGAAACUUGGUUGUGCUGGGAUUAUUCUUCUUGCCUUGACUGUGAUUGGGUUGAGUGUUUCAGUGAUAUUCUUGAGACAAAACUCAUCAACAGAAAAAAGCAGCACGGAUGCUCAAGAGAACAGGAAGGAAACAACAGAGAGACCAGUUCUGUUAAAGUGCCCAACAAAUUGGCAACUAAUCCGAGAUAAAUGCUUGUUUUUUUCUGACACUUACAAACCUUGGAAUGACAGUCUAGCCGACUGUUUCACAAAAGAAUCCCGUCUGCUGCUUAUUCAAGAUCAGGAAGAAUUGAGACUCAUACAAAACCGGAUAGACAAAGGAGGAAUUCCAUUUUGGAUUGGAUUAAAUUUUACAUUAUCAGAAAAGAACUGGAAGUGGAUAAAUGGAUCCUUUUUAAAUUCUAAUAUAUUACAAAUUACUGGUAAUGCUGAAGAAAACAGUUGUGUUUACCUCUCAACGAUACAAUUUUUUUCCGAGAACUGUGCUACAGAAAAUAAAUGGAUCUGUCAAAAAGAACUAAAACCUGUCAAAAAUAAAGUGAGAUUAACAGCAUUUGCUGACAGAUCGGUGUGGGAUGUGAGAGAUAAAGGACAGUUGACAGUGACUCCAGAUUUUAUGGAGCGGGAGAAAGGAAGAUGUUUUCAAGUGAAAUGGAGGAAAGCUUUGGGUAAAGCAGCCAAGAGUCAAAGUCGGACCACCAUGAAUUACCAGGGAUAA